AUUGGCUCCACAGCUGCGGGCCCCAUGAUCCCCUUUGCACGAUCAAAGUAGUUCUAUCUUCGACAAUCGGCCCGGUACUUGAUUGCCGCUUCUUCUGAGUACAUACCAGAAUGUCAACACUCCCCUUCGGCAUAUAUAGCGAGCUCUCCAAGGUCCUCGAGUGAAGUCUUUCGUCCUCACCAAGUGCGCGCAGUGCACCGAGUUGACAGUUGCUUCUCCAAGAUGGUCCAGCAACCUCUCAUUUACACUGCCAAAGUCUGUCCGUACGCUCAGCGCAGCUUGAUUGCGCUCGAGGAAGCUGGAGUCAAGUAUGACCGGUACGAUAUCGACCUGGCCGACAAGCCAUCAGUGUACAACGAAAGAGUCAACUCUGCUUCCAAAGUCCCCGUACUCGUCUUGAACCCGUCCGACUCGGCCGACAACGGCGGCGUCACCAAAGACAAGGGCACCGUAAAGUUACCCGAGUCGCUCGUCAUUUCCGAGUACAUCGGUGAGGAGUACCAAUCGGCCGGGCUUCUGCCGAAGAGGCGCCGAGCAAAAGCGAGGUACUACAUCGAGCGAUUCUCUCAUAUCUUUGGCCCGCCCUGGAUAUUACUGUUGUACCGAGGCAAGGCAGACUCUCUCCCGUCUCUCCUCUCCGCCAUCUCGACCUUCCAACUCUGGUUAUCGCCUACGUCAGGAAGUGAGGACAGCGGACCUUUCGUAUUCGGCAAGCAGUACACUCUCGCGGACCUUGCUAUCGCGCCGUUCAUUGGUCGCCUCAUUUUCUUCAGCAAGAGAGGCAUCCUCGACCCCUUGGGAGGCGGAGACGUGCACAAGGCGCUGACGGGCGGCGACGACAUAUUUGCGCGGGUGGCGCAGUGGUGGGAGGCCGUCAGCACGCGGCGGAGCUGGAAGAGUACAUUCAACGAGGAUAUCAUCUACAAGGCGGCGAAGACAAGGCAAGAAAAGGUCUUGGCGGAAAGACAGGUGGGAAAGCAAUAGAAAUUACUGUAUACGCGUUUGACACUCGACGAAGUGUAGAGCUGCGCAUUUUCCUUAACGAGAGUGUUGCAGAUGAGGAUCAUGAUGCAAGGCGAUAUAGCAAAUGAAAUAGGGGAAUACAAUUGUGCGUACCACUCUCAUUGGAAGAUGAGUGACUUUCAUUAGCAAGACGUGAAG